ACGUCACAACUUCCCUUCCGCUUUGGAUUCCUCUUUGUGUAAGGAUGGGCAGACACAAGUGAGAGACAAAAAUUUUCCAGGAAAUGAAAUUUACAGGACCGUCUGCUCUAUCUACAGUAAAUAGAGACCAGAAGUGGAACUUUGGAGGAAUGCAUUUUCUGCUACAUCAAUUUGAAUCCUGCAAAGCUGGAGUACUAUUAUGAAGUGAACAAGGGUGGAAUGGGUCCAUUCCAUGCCGAACAUAUAUGCUAUUACAAACUUAAAUGUAUGGUUAUAGAAAACACAAAAAUGAAGAAAAGUAGCAAAGUGCACGUGGAUGAAAGUGAGCCUUCUGGAGUUGAUGAAUUGACCUUUGAACACAGAAACGUCAGCAUUAAGAAAUCAAAGUGGGUUACAGAAGAAUAUGACGUCACAGAUUUACUGCUGGGCAGAGGAAAAUUUGGAGAAGUUAAAAAAUGUAAAGAGAAGAAAACUGGGAGAUUCUUGGCUGCGAAGUUUAUCGCAGUAAACGGUCACCAAGAAAGAGAUGACGUCAUAAACGAAGUGGCCAUAAUGAAAACCCUUCAGCAUCCUCGCCUGUUGCAAUUGUACGACGCUUUUGAGAAAAAGGAUACGUUUUGCAUUGUAACAGAAUUGAUUUCGGGCGGAGAGCUUUUUGAACGAGUAAUCAACGAUGAUUUUAUCUUGACGGAGAAAGCCUGCAAUAUGUUUAUGCGACAGAUAUGUGAAGGCAUCGCCUUUAUGCAUUGUAGAGAGGUUCUGCAUUUAGAUCUGAAGCCCGAAAAUAUUUUGUGUUUAACACGAGAAGGCAACAUCAUAAAAAUUAUUGACUUUGGAUUAGCAAGAAAAUACGAUCCUUCCGGUGAUCUCCGAAUCUUAUUUGGAACUCCCGAGUUCAUGGCGCCAGAGGUCGUGAACUUUGACCCCGCUUCACCAGCAACAGAUAUGUGGAGUAUAGGUGUUAUAUGUUAUGUUUUACUAUCAGGGUUAUCACCUUUUGUUGGUGACACCGAAGCAGACACUCUUGUCAAUGUGACGUCAGCGAAAUGGGAUUUUAGCGCAGAAGAAUUUGAAAGUAUAUCCACAGAAGCAAAGGAUUUCAUAUCGAAAUUAUUGGUGAAAGAUCCAAGGAAAAGAAUGACUGCACGUGAGUGUCUGGAUCACAUAUGGCUCAGGCGUUCCCAGAAAAGAGAAGCACGCUUGCCAGAGCGCUCUCUCUCUAAGAAGAGGUUGAAGAAAUUUGUAUUUAGGAGAAAAUGGCAGAAAGCUGUCAAUGCAAUGUUGGCUUUGAAGAGAAUGGGUGUUAAUUUGACGUGAUACCUCACAGCUCCUUGCAAAAGGUUUAGAGAAAGCAGAUGUGGAUUGAUUACAAAAGACAUUUCUGGAAUCACCAAAGCAUUCUGACCAAACAUGGAGUGGAAAUACACAAAUUCACGUUUAUGUUGUAACUAAGCGUUUGAUAAUUAAAAUGUGUUAAUAUGCAUUCCAAAAUAUAUGAUUCCAAAUAAUGUUCUUCACUAAACCUGAAUAAUUAAUUGUGUGCUAAAUUCAAGAUAAUGUAAUGAAGAAGUGGGAUCUCAUCUUAUUGUUUAUGGAAAUUGUUUAUGAAAACUUCAUAAUUAACAGAUGAGGUAUUUAGAAGACAUAAUUUUAGUUAUCAUAAACAUACAUUCGGAAUAAAUGGAUUAAUUUCAUAUUAAUUUUGUCAUUUGCUAUGUUAUUUUAACUGUUACCUUUCCUGAGGAUUCAAACUGUAUUAUUUUUAAGCCUUUUCGCCAUCCAUCUUUUGUUCAAGAUUUACGUGCAUUUUUCAGUAGUCAUUUAUUGGAAAAAAUCGAAAAAUUGAUCCGUCUGAGGAACGUUAAUAUUCGUAAAAAACAACCCUGCUUAGUUUAUCAUCUUCCAGGCCUUUGACAUGGUCAUUGAGAGAUUAAGGAACUUUUGUGAUAAAUGAGUCCAUCAUAAUCACAAUUUUUUUUCUUUAUCACAAAAAAUAUGUGAGGCUGUUAACACUAACUUAUAAUUUCUGGUCAAAUUUCUAGUCAAAACACAUUUUCCUUAUUAAUUAAAUGUAUUUUGAUUUAUGUUUUUACCAUUAGUCUUGAAUUUCUUAGGACUUAUUGAUCGUGAAUUAAUGUGCAAAUACCAUUACUUUUUGACUGUUAUAUAUAUAUUUAUAUAUUUCAUUUGUUUGAUUUCUCUCUAGUUAUUGGUGGCUAAACGUUUCCUGUACAACAUAUCUUAUUUAUGCAAGUCUGUUUUCAACGAUCUAUUUUUAAAACUAUGUAAAUUUUUAUGUAAUUGUACAAAAAUAUAGGUUUAUGUAGUAAAAUUAAUUAGUAUUAAUUAGCAGUCUGUAACAUAUACAAUUCCAGAUCGUAUAAAUAUAAAGAUAAAAUCUUAUAGUUUGAAUGUUAUGAAUACAUUUAGACGAUAUAUUCUAUUGUUUCAUUGAAUCCUUUACCAUUGAAACAAGUAGAUUAUAAAUUUGGUAUAAUCUUGUAGAACAGAGUUUAUAGAAAUAAAACUUGAAAAGUU